UCCUGGUUGUUGGUCUGUUUUUACGUCACCUUGCUUCAUUAUUUCACAAUUUGUAGAGUAAGGAGUUAUAAUUGAAUUGGUAAAAAUCAUAAGGUGGCCUUUAUCUGAGCGAUAUGGCAGCUACCAUUGGACCCCGAAUACUAAGGAAGGAUGACGCCAACUAUAACUUACAUUUCCGAAAGAUAAACGAGCAACAAGUGGAGGAUAUCUCCAUUGACUUCUUCUAUAAGCCACACACCAUCACUUUGCUGACAGGCACUGUGUUCAGUCUCAUGUACUUUGCCUUCACCAGGGAUAAUGAACACUCAGACAACAACCUGCGUGUUGGUUUGCUGGUGGUUGUUUCCUUCUUCUUGGUCAUCAGUGUCCUGGCCUUUCCUAAUGGACCCUUCACUAGGCCACACCCUGCAAUAUGGCGAAUGGUGUUUGGUCUCAGUGUGCUCUACUUCCUGUUUCUCGUCUUCCUUAUCUUCCUUAACUGGGAGCAAGUGAAAACUUUAAUGUACUGGCUUGACCCAAAUCUCCGGUAUGCAAAACGGGAGGCUGAUAUCAUGGAGUAUGCUGUAAACUGUACAGUGAUAACGUGGGAGCGCAUCCUGAGCCACUUUGACAUCUUUGCAUUUGGCCACUUUGCAGGAUGGACCAUGAAGGCUCUGCUAAUCCGCAGCUACGGCCUGUGUUGGACCAUCAGCAUAACCUGGGAACUCACUGAGCUCUUCUUCAUGCACCUUCUACCAAACUUUGCGGAGUGCUGGUGGGAUCAGGUGAUACUCGACAUACUUUUGUGUAAUGGAGGAGGCAUCUGGCUGGGGAUGACCGUCUGUCACUUUCUGGAGAUGAGGACAUAUCGCUGGGCCAGCAUCAAGGAAAUCCACACCACCACAGGGAAGAUAAAGCGAGCCGUGCUCCAGUUCACUCCAGCCAGCUGGACUUAUGUGCGCUGGUUUGAUCCAAAAUCCUCGUUCCAGAGGCUAGCAGGCAUCUAUCUCUUUAUGAUCCUGUGGCAGCUGACAGAGUUGAAUACAUUCUUCCUCAAGCACAUCUUCGUCUUCCAGGCCUCUCACCCUCUCAGCUGGUGUCGCAUCCUCCUCGUUGGUGUCAUCACUGCACCCACCGUACGACAAUAUUACGCAUACCUGACAGAUACUCAGUGUAAGCGGGUUGGCACGCAGUGUUGGGUGUUUGGAGCCAUCGCUUUCCUGGAGGCACUUGUUUGUGUUAAAUUUGGCCACGACUUGUUUUCCAAGACGCAAAUUCGCUAUGUGCUUCUGUGGCUGCUGUGUUUGGCACUCAUCACACUCCUGUGUUUAUAUGGGAUGGUGUGGUAUGAGCAUAAUAAAGUGAAGAGCAUUUCACUGCAAAGCGGUGACUGCAAUAACAGCAGUGUUAUUGACUCAUGCGGUUUCAUUCCAGAUGGUGCUGCAGCUCAGGAAGAUUCCUUCAGAAAUGUGCAGCCUGGUAAACGGAGGAGAGCUGCUGGGAGGAACAGAUUUGUGAAUGGCCAAGGAAAAAAGAGACAAUAAACAACACUAAUACUGAACGUUUGUGACUUCCGUGAAGGGAAUGAGUAAAUGAUGCGUUCACCAAGAGGAAUACAGUAUGCAGUAUGUGGAUGAGUUUAAGACUAUUUUAAGUCGCAUCAGUGGUCCAAUAAAUCCCAGAAUGCAACAAAUAGAUUCCAGAAAUCACGUCAGCAUCACUUGAUAUACUGUUUGAACUGCUAGAAGUGUGGGAGUUGGAGCCAGAACACAACAGGAGGCUUAAAGCUCCAUAGAGCUGCAGUUAGAAUCAGCAACACAGCUUCUUUUCUAUUAAAUCUCAAAGAUGUUUCUAAACAGAUUUAAUGAGGUAACAUGCACUGGAGUUUGAGAGAGAAGAGUGCCUUAUUUGGACUGUAAUAACAUGUUUCAUACUACACACAGCAUUGUCUAUUUAACAGUAGAAUAAUGUUGUUUUGAUUCUGUACACAUGAUACUGGUAACUGUGUCAAGUGAGGGGUGUACCAGCCAGUCCACACCCACUAUACCAUACCACACACGUAUAGAGUAUUUGCACUAAACUUUUUUGACUGGUAUGGUUUCAUGUACUGACAAUAAUAGCUUUAGGAAACUAAAAACCACAAAUAUUGUUGCGUUCGAGAUUUUGUAAAUUGUUUGAUUCAGUGAUGAUUUGAUGAUCCCUUAACUUUGUUGGUUUAAUAUAAUAUUUAUGUUUAGAUGGUGCUGAUCACAUUGACUGUAAGUUUAUUCAAUCAAAACAGCAUCAUCAGGAAAUAAAGUCUUUUUCUAUUUUUAAAUGAGUGCAAGGAUUAAUUAGCUAACUGGGGCCUUAUUCAAGUUUUUCGGAUAUGUGUGACUUUUACAAUAUCUGUAUGUUUGUAAUUGGAGUGAUGCUGUAUAUGUAUGUAUGGUGUAUCCAACAGAAAACUGUGACAUUCAGUGUAGUUACACUCAAACAUUCAGUGACAGAGGAUAAUUUCUGUGUGAAAAGCUCUUUUUCAAAUGCAUUUUUUUUGUUUUAUGAUCCAGAUUAAUUCAGUGUGAUAUUAGUUUUAUUUUCAGCAUUAACUUGUUCACUGAUUCUUUUAAUGUAUUGUUUCAAGUGCAGACCAAACUUUAUUUGAUAUUAAAACAUACAAUGUAUGACGUGUUAUUGCUGAUGUAUGAUUUAAAUUGAUGAGUUUGCUUGUUUUUGUACACAUAAUUA